AUGGAAAAUAAGGCACCGAAUAUAAAUUUUCCUGAUCGAGUUCCACCUCCAGAUGUGUUCGACGAUCAAAAGAAGACAGCACAUUCAUUCUCUUCUGAACAAGAGUUGCCUGUAUUGACAUCAGUCAAUGGUUAUCCCAUUGGAGAUAUAAUGCAUUGCUUGCAAAUCAGUGGUUAUCCGGUAGUUAGUGACGGCAUUCUCAUGGAACAACAACAGUUAUUUAAUCGUGAAAAAGUCGUGGAACGAGCCGCACAUGCAUGUGGAUCAGGUGCAUUUGGUUAUUUUGAAGUAACAAAAGAUAUGACAAAGUAUUGUAAAGCAAAAUUUUUAUCGGCAAUUGGAAAGAAGACACCAAUAUUUUGCCGAUUUAGUACUGUCACAUAUGGUCGAGAUUACCCCGAUUCAGCAAGGAAUCCACGUGGUCUCGCUUUGAAAUUUUAUACAGAGGAUGGAAAUUAUGAUAUAUUAUGUAUUAACUUUCCUGUAUUCUUCGUUCGAGAUCCAUUGAUGGGAAGCAAUCUCAUUUACUCUCAAAGAAGAGAUCCAAAUAACUUUUGUGAACCAUGGAAUUCCACUUUCGACUUUAUGUCAUUAGUACCUGAAUCAAUGUUAGCUAAUACGUGGUUUUGGAGCGAUCAUGGAACCCCUGCAGGUUGGCGAAAUAUGAACGGUUAUGCUUGUCAUACAUUUAAAUGGUGUGUAGCUGGAGUUAAAAACUUCACAUGUUCAAAAUCAAUUCGAAUGUGUGGCGAAGAUCCUGAAUAUGCUAAGCGAGACUUAAAAGAGUUUAUUGAUCAAGGUAAUGAAUGUGAAUGGAAAUGUUAUGUUCAAUUCAUGACAGAAGAUGAUGUAAACAAUGCAAAAUUUGAUCCAUUUGAUGCAACAAAAAUGUGGUGUGAAGACGAGUAUCAAUUGCAUGAAUUUGGACGGUUUGUAUUAAACAGAAAUCCCACCAAUUACCAUACAUAUGUGGAACAAGCAGCAUUUUCACCGGGAAGCUUAGUUCCUGGGAUUGAAAUUUCGCCUGAUCCGUUGUUACAGUUUCGUUGUUUUCUCUAUCGUGAUGCACAAAUGUAUCGCUUAGGUGCAAAUUUUCAUCAAAUACCAGUUAAUUGUCCAUUUAUGGUUAAAAAUCAUCAUCCACUAUUAGCAUGUGAUGGUCGUCUUCGUUAUGACAGUAAUGGUGGAGAAACACCGAAGUAUUACCCAACUUGUUACGAUGAAUUUGAAUGUAAUAUAAGUAUGUACAAUGAACAACCUCAACCCAUAAAUGGUUGGUUAUCACGAAAAUCAAGCUCAAAACAUGAGCAACAGUUACCCAUUGAUGAUGAGUAUAAACAAGCACGAUAUUUUUACUUUAAUGGCUUAAACGAUCAGGAACGAAAAAAUUUGUAUUCAAAUAUUGUUUACGGCUUUAAAUAUGUUAAACGACGAGAUAUUAAAAUGCGAUUUCUAAUAUGCUGUUAUAAAGUACAUGAAGAUUAUGCCAAAGGAAUUUGUGAUGAAAUGACAAAUCAGCAAGAUCAAUCUGGUAUCGAUUUUCAACAAGUGCAAAAAAUUGCUAACGAACAAUUUGCUGGAAGACAUACAGUUGAUCUCCUAAAUGGAUACCUUCCAUAUCCAUUGGAUAUGACCUAA